UGGGGUGGAGGAGAGGAAAAUGGGAAAGUAGAGCGAGGAGGAGGAAGGAAAAUUGAGCUAGAGGACAAACAGUCAAUUGGCUUACAAGCGAAACGCUUUUCGACAUUCACAAUGCCAUAAUAUUUAAGCAUUGCGUUGCCUCCCCUCUCUCUCAUACGGUCAUACCACAACCCCAGAUUAGCAGUGUGUGAAGAGAGGCGUUGGCAUUGCAUAGAAAAUUGGAGAUGUCGGUUAUGGCGGUGGGGGUUGUAGCAGUGGCGUGGUGUUUGUUUUUUGUGAAUGGGCAUGUGUUGGGGGAAGAUGGUUUUCAAGGUUUGAUGGAUUUGGAGGAGAUUCCCUCCCCAAAUCCUCUCAUGGUGGACCUCACUCUCAUUCCAGGAGCUGCUGCUAGAGGAGCUGUUUGUUUGGAUGGAACUCUACCUGGUUACCAUUUCCAUCCCGGUUUUGGAUCAGGUGCCAACAGCUGGCUCAUUCAAUUGGAGGGUGGGGGUUGGUGUAACAACAUAAAAUCUUGUGUUUUUCGCAAAACAACUCGCCGGGGUUCAUCCAAAUACAUGGAAAAGACAUUAGCCUUCACGGGAAUACUAAGCAAUAAAGCUGAAGAAAAUCCUGAUUUUUUCAACUGGAACAGAGUCAAACUUAGGUACUGUGAUGGCGCAUCUUUUAGUGGGGAAGGUCAAAAUAAGGCCACUGGACUUUAUUUUCGAGGACAACGGAUCUUUGAAGCUGGUAUGGAGGAGCUAAUGUCGAAGGGGAUGAAGAAUGCUGAUCAGGCUCUUCUUUCUGGAUGCUCUGCUGGGGGACUGGCGUCUAUACUACAUUGCGAUGAGUUUGGCGAUUUAUUUCCUAAAACUACAAAAGUGAAAUGCCUGAGUGAUGCAGGGUUCUUCCUUGAUGCAACCGAUGCAGCUGGUGGGCACACCAUGAGGAAUUUGUAUGCUGGUGUAGUUAGCUUACAGGGAGUAGAGAAGAACCUGCCAAGCACUUGUACCACCCGUUUAGAUCCAACUUCGUGCUUCUUCCCUGAGAACUUGAUCGACAACAUUAAGACUCCACUCUUUCUUCUCAAUGCAGCCUAUGAUGCAUGGCAGUUUCAGGAAAGUUUAGUUCCAUCAAGUGCUGAUCCCCAUGGUGAAUGGAAGGGAUGCAAAUUAAAUCAUGUCAAUUGUAAUUCAACACAGAUCCAGUUUCUCCAAGAUUUCAGGAUGGAAAUGCUUGAUGAUGUCAAAGGUUUUGCAAGGGAUGAUCAAAAUGGGCUCUUCAUAAAUUCGUGCUUUGCUCACUGCCAGACUGAGUUACAGGAUACAUGGUUUGCUGAUGACUCUCCUUUUCUUGGAAAAAGGAAGAUUGCAGAGUCUGUUGGAGACUGGUAUUUCGAUCGAAGACCCGUCAAAGCCAUCGACUGUCCAUACCCCUGUGACAACACCUGCCACAACCUGGUCUUCAAGUGAGCACAACCUGCCCACCAGCUCCUCCUAUGGCUUCUCCUUCUCCCUUCUCCCUUCUCCCUACUGCCAUUUCAACGAAUUGUAACAUUUCUUAAGAUGAUAAAGCAAUCGUUUUAGCAAAUGGAGAAAUAGAUGCUACAGGACUUGCCCCAUGUAAUUCCCAGAGGCUUAAAGUCAUGGAAAUGAAAAUUUUCUUUCCAAACACAA